AUGGCUGAAGCUUGCUUUGAGACUUGUUCACCAAACAUCCGACUUCUCUACGAUCCAAGCUUUCUGUUAGAAGGUCCAUAUCAAUGCAAAGAAGAGAAAUGUUGCCAAACAUUGUCAGACAAAGCUUCAAGUACAACAAACUCAUGUCUUCAUUAUUUUGUGUAUCGACGUUGUUGCAACAGGAGACAAUGCAGAUUCAGGCACUGUAAACCAGAUCAACACGUCAUCCAGACCACUUCACAAGAUCAACAAAUUUUAGAAAAUUUCGUUAACCCUUUGUACACUAUCCAAGAACUUUUAGACAAUAUCCCACCAAUAACUAUCAAAGAUCUGAAAGAAUGUGGUAUCCUGACAGAAAUGGGUUAUCAAGGAAGUUCAGAACAGGAUGACCAAACGGCAAUUACUGAUCAAGAAGUUUCAGUGCCGCCUACAAAACGAAGUAAAUAUGAUUACUCCCAUUGUUUAGAGGACGAUGACAUUCUAAGAGCAGAAGUUAUUGUACCUAGAAGAAGUUGUACUAGUGAAGAUGACACUGAACAGUUCAGAUCUGAUUUGAUAUCAUUACUAGACGAUUCAGGAAUCCAUGGUUCUAUACAAGAUCUGUGUCCUUAUAAUGACAUGGAUGAAUGCCCCUAUCAAGACGAUUGUUUAUUUGUUCAUGGUGACCUGUGCAACGUGUGUAGAAUGCCCAGACUUCAUCCAUUAGAUUUGAACAGGAGAAUACAACAUGCGACAGAUUGUUUGGCACUACACGAGAAACAAAGCCUGGGAAAAGAAUGCGGCAUUUGUCAAGAAUUGAUCUUUGAAGAGGAUUCCCUGUUUGGGCUUCUCCAGAACUGCAAACACAGCUUCUGUCUGGACUGUUUGAAUCAAUGGCAGUUGCUGGGUCCUAAUGAAACAAGGCUGUAA